GUGUUUCUGUUCUCAUGUAGAUAUGUACAGGCUGGAGUUGGUUGGUGGUCUAGGCGCCAUCAUGCUGUUAUUGGGGAUCUUCACUGCCAUCUAUAAGUGCUAUAAUGUGGAGAUCAUGCUGUGCUACCGGCGACACUUCGGCAGCGAUGAGGCAGAUGAUGACAACAAAGAAUAUGACGCCUACCUCUCUUACACCAAAGUGGACUUGGAGUCAGUGGAGCGAGAGAUGAGUGAGGAGGAGCUGUUUGCUCUGGAGAUCUUACCCGACGUCCUGGAGAAACACUACGGAUAUAAACUCUUCAUUCCACACCGGGACCUCAUACCCAGCAGCACAUACAUUGAUGAUCUGGCCCGGAGCGUGGAGCAGAGCAGGCGUCUUAUUAUCAUCCUGACCCCCGAGUUCGUGGCCCGUCGUGGUUGGAGCAUCUUCCAGUUCGAGCCACGGCUGCACAGCAUGCUGGUGACAGGCGAAAUCAAGGUGAUAAUGAUCGAAUGCUCGGACCUGCGCAGCGUCAUCAACUACCAGGAAGUAGAAGACCUCAAACACACCAUCCGAGUGCUGACGCUCAUUAAGUGGAACGGUCCCAAAAGCAACCAGCUGAAAUCCAAGUUCUGGAAGCAAGUCCGGUACGAAAUGCCAGCUAAGAAAAAAGAGAUCGUGUCCCGCCGACAAGUCAUAGACUCGGGCGAGCAAGGGCUCUUUGGCGACCUGCAGGCUGUAUCUACAGUUGCCAUGACCGGGACGUCGGCGUCGCUAGUGCCAGCUCAUGUCGAGAUACCAGACUAUAAUGAGCCCGGCCACCUGCAAAUGCGCCACUUCUGCCGCGACUAUGAAUACGAGCUGCCCACCACUGCUAUAGCCACGCUCAGCGGCCGUCACAUGUACUGCAGUUUGCCCAUGACGCUGCUGAACGGACGUCUCACACAAAAUAACAUUGAGAAAGCCAAGAAAGAUAUUCACUUGAACAGCCCAUUCGGACAGCUGUCUGGACAAGAACAUUCCAGUGAUAUCUGGUAGAGCACCUCGCAGCAGUCGCCCAAACAUAGCUUUGUCUGUAUCAUCUUUUCUUCCUUUUUAUCUGCAUGAUUUCAUCUACAGGUAGUUAAGAUUAGAGAAAGAAAGAAAAAUAAAGUAAAAGAAGCAUAAUGGUUUAUCUCGCUUUCUUCCCACCUUUAGUGUUUUCAUACUUUUCAGACAGAUGAAGAGCUGCUGAAAUUGCUUUCCUACUUGAAUCUGAAGGUUAUUUAAUAUACCAUGUACAGUUAUUCCAUGAAACACUGCAUCUGCAUCUUCAAGUGAACCAACAAUAAAGGUUUUAUUUGACCUUAUGACUUUGGUUGUUAUAGCACAAUAAUGUAAAAACACGUCAUCUCUGAGCUUUAAAGAAUAUUAUGUUCUAUUUAUGCAAAUAAAUACUAUUCAAAUCUAAUAAGCACAUUAAAAUAGUUUGUAGCUAGUGAGGAGGGGAGGUAUUUAAAUAUUUGAUACAGCUUAUAAUUUGCCUUAUUUCCUGAUCGUUUGGUUUUCCCUCAUCAGAGUUCUGUUUCGAUUGUUUUUUUCAUACAUUAUAUAGGUAGAAACAUCUUGGUUUAUCUGGUACUAUUCAGUGCUGUUAUUGAUCUAACAGUUUUUAUCAUUAUCGUUUUAUUGAAGUUGUAUACAAUUUUGCCCUCUUGCUCUAGUUUAAAUAAAUUGAACGUAAUUAAAAUCAUUGAUUUCAUUUUGUAUACUCAAAACUAGUAUGCCAUUUUACUCUUCGGAUACAGUGAUAUGUGGAAGAGUACAAAUAUCCCAGCUGUUAUGUAAAAAUAUUCACAAACCCAGCAGUUUGUCUGAUUCACAGGUUUUUGUUUUUGAAUUAGCAAAUAAAUUAGGCCCUAUUUGUAAUAUACCUUGCAAAAAAUAUUGUUAUCGAACCAACAAAAUAAAUAAAUGUAUGAGAAAU